AUGCCCGCCAAGAAGAAUGACGCCUCGCCGCGCAAGCCGAGCUCUCCCACGAAGGUGCUGCCCUCCACCACCGACACGCAUCACUCAGUGCUCGCCAAGAUCAGCAGUGUAGCCCACGUUCGCGUCUCCGUCAACGACCUGGUGGCCUUUGAAUAUGUCUGCGAGGAGACCAAGGGCUGGAAGUGGGGCCUUGGCACUGUCGCCGCCAUUCCAGGCCCGCGUCUCGUGCAGCUGAUGCUGUGGACCGGCAGCGGCGGAGAGAUGCCACCGGAGGCGCUGCCCGUGUCGGAAGCCGACCGCGCAGCGGCAGUGAAGCGGCUGAAGGAGCUGCAGAGGAUGCGGAAAGAGGCGGAGGAAGAAAUGGAGGACUUGAACAAGACACUCACAGAGAAGCAUGCGCACUACAAAGAGGGUCGUGCCGCAUAUGAGGCGGAUGCGGCGCGUGCGCAGAAGGCCGCAGCGGAGGCGAAGGAGGAGGUGAGGAACAUGGAUGAGACUGACUGGCGCGAGAUUCGCAGCUACGUGAAGCCGCCAGACAUCGUGAAACUCGUGACGGAGGCCAUGAUGCUCACGCUGGGCGAGCGCAUCCUGGAAUGGAACUACAUUCUCAAGGUGAUCCGGCAGCGCACGUUCCUAAAGAGGCUGGAAGAGUUCGACUCACAGAGAAUCUCGCCCCCGACGCGCCGCCGUCUGCGCAAGGAUUACUUGCUGAACCCUCGCUUCACUCACAGAGACUCGAUGGAGGGCAGUCGCGCGCUGGGCAUUGUGCAGCGGUGGGUCGCGGCGCAGCUGGCCACCAGUGAGGCGAGCGUCGACAUCUGCCUCUACGAUCAAGCGCGGGCCCGUGAGAAGAAGCACAUUGAGAAGAUGGAGGACACGCUGCGUCAGCGUCGCGACGAGGCGGAGAAGUAUAAGGACGAGGAAACGCGGCUGAAAAGGCAGCUGGGCGACUCGCCGGUGCGCAUUGACCACGGCAAACACGUCAACGGCGCAGCAAAGGCUUCCCCUGCGCCGUCGCCAGGGGGAAGUUCAGCCAAGAACGCCUGGAGCCCGAGGGGCGGCAAGUCCGACAACGGCGCCAAUCGUGCGACACCUCGUGGUCGGCCAGGUGCGCCGCCGCUGCACGAGGAUGUCUACAGUACGGCCAACACGUGGGUCUUCACCGACGACAGCAAGAUCGUUCUGCACAGCAGCAUCCUUGUUAACUACGACGAGCCGGCGUCGACGGUGGUGACGCUAACGCCUGAGCAGGUGGAGAAGCUCAAGAAGGCUCUGAAGGACCGCGCCGCCAUGUUCGCAGAGCAGCAAAAGGCAGAUGGCAAGAUCAAGAGCCUGGAGGACGACCUCGAGAAUGUGCGCGGCGUUCUGGCGGAUGCACUGCAGGACUUGGCAGAUGCCAAGGUAGUUCUGGCGGCGCAAGACGCUGAGCUUGCUGCAAAGGACCGCGAGAUUGAUGAGGCUAAGGAAGCUGCGGCCGCUGCCGCGAGGUUGGCGGACACAAACAAGGUGGGACUACCUCCGGCGGUGGAGCCGUCGAUGGAGCCGGACGGCCAAUGCAAGGAGCUCAACGAGCUAAUAGCCGCCCUCGACAAUGAAAAUGAGAAAAAGAAGCCGAACGACAAGAAUGGCAAAAAGCAAGGGGGCCGGGCGGAAGUCGAGCUUGAGAAAGAGGUGAUGGUGAACGGCAGUACCCUCAACGGUAGCAUACCGGCUCUCUUCCAUGCGAGGGAUGACCGCGAGCUAGCGAAGAUUAUCGACAGGCUAGAAAAGGAGAUCCGUAUCUUGCGCCGCGAGUCCGAGGCUGCGAACCUCGUGCUGGAUGGAGUCCAUGCCAGCAUCAAAGGGCGUCCGGAGCUGAGGCGGUACUUUGAAGAGGAUACAUAA